AUGUCCAACAUCAGCCAGGGUCCUCCCGCCUCCUUCCUGCUGGUUGGGAUUCCUGGGCUGGAGGCCUUCCACAGCUGGCUCUCCGUUCCCUUCUGCUGCAUGUACGUCAUGGCCUUGUUGGGGAACGCCUCCCUCCUGCUGAUCAUAGAAUCUGACCGCAGCCUCCACCAGCCCAUGUUUCUCUUCCUCUGCAUCUUGGCCGUCACGGACCUGGGCCUCUCCACCUCCAUCGCCCCCAAGAUGCUGGCCAUCCUCUGGGUGGAUGCCAGGGAGAUCGACCUGGACGCUUGCCUGGCCCAGAUAUUCUUCCUCCCCGCCUUCACCGCCAUGGAGUCCGGGGUGCUCCUGGCCAUGGCCUUUGACCGCUACGUGGCCAUUUGCGCCCCGCUGAGAUACGGUACCCUACUCACCCCCCGCCUCGUUGCGAAGGUGACCCUGGCCCUGGUGGUGCGAGCCGUGGUGAUUGUGGUCCCUUUCCCACUGCUGGUGAGGCGCUUCCAGCACUUCCGCUCCAACGUGAUCGCCCACCGGUACUGCGAGCACAUGGCCCUGGUGAAGCUCGUCCGCGGCGACACCACAGCCAACAACCUCUACGGGCUGAUUCUCUCGCUCUCUGUGUCGGGCCUGGACAUUGCGGGCAUCUCUUCCUCCUACGCCCUGAUCCUCCGCACGGUGUGGAGGCUGCCUUCCAGGGAGGCCCAGCGCAAAGCCUUCGGCACCUGCGGGGCUCACAUCAGUAUCAUCCUCGUCUUCUACGUCCCGGGGCUGUUCUCUUUCUUGACUCACCGCUUUGGCCACCGCGUCCCCCAGCCCGUCCACAUCAUCCUGUCCGUCCUCUACCUCCUGGUGCCCCCCAUGUUCAACCCCCUGGUCUACGGAGCCAAGACAAAGCAGAUCCGAACCAGAGUGCUCAAACUGUUCUUCUUAGCAAAGGGGACCUCCUGA